AUGGUUCAUUUCUUAAGCUUUAUAAGAACUAUUCAACUACUUUUUUAUUAUUCUCUCAUAGCCACUUUUUAUGAUCUUGUUCGUACUGAUCCUCCCUAUCACCUUUGUCCAAAAACUACAAAUUAUUCAGCUAAUAGUCCAUUCGAAUAUAACCGCAAAAAUCUCUUCAACUCCUUUACUGCAAACGCUUCCGUCGCAAAGUUAUUCAAUACCUCUUAUGGAAAUAACUCGGAUAGAGUUUAUGGACAGUACAUGUGCCUCAACUAUGUUCAAAACUAUGCUUGCAUUAACUGCAUAAAAGUUGCGGCAGAAGAUGUUGUCAAGCUUUGUCCAGGGAAAACCGAAGCGGUUCUGUGGGAAGAAAGCUGUCAAUUGCGUUACUCUAAUGAAAAUUUCUUAGGCAGAUUGGACGUUACAGGAAACUUCAACCAACACAACCCCUUAAAUAUAUCGGAACCAGAAAGAUAUAGAUCUGCUAUGAAGAGUAUUCUAAGAACUCUCACCGAGGAAGCAGCUUUUGAUCCUUCAACACAGAUGCUGGAUUCUAUUGUUCCUAGUAGAGAAUCUCUAAAUCUCAGCCAUCUACAAUAUCUUAAACAUGCAAAGAUGGCAGUGUCCAAGCCUUCAAUGCUUAGAGGUUUGAUUCCUAUUCGGACAAGUCCUAUAUGA